AUGGACAAAUCAGCAGAAAAACGAUUGAAUAAAAUUUAUCGACUUAGUGAUGAUAUCACAGAGUCACGGGCGCGUCUACUCUCGAUAACGUAUAGCAAAGACAAAAGUGGUUUAACGACUGAAAAACGACGUAAAAAUCGUAUAGAAGACCUGACAACGGACAUAGACAAGUUAAAAUUGAAACGACAAGACGAAAUAAUGAGACAUUACUCCAACGUUAAGUUAACGAGGAAGUCAUCUCCAUCACCACCUCCAACACCAUUACGUGUUUCUUCGACACCAUCAACACCAUUACCACCAUCACCAGUUCCACAACGAUCACGCACAUGUACUUUAUCACCAUCACAUCAAUCACCACAUCCAUCACCACCUCCAUCACUACAUCGAUCUCCAUCUUCGCCGCCACGACCAGAAUCAGCGCUAGUGUCAUCUUCAAGUUCUUCCGAUAUUCGAUGUGAACAUUCAAAUGAUCAACCACCUGAAGAACUCAAUAUAUGGUCUACAGAACCGGUAUCAGCCGAUGAAAAGGCUCACUAUCAUAAAUGCAAACAGUAUUAUGAUAUUAUACAACAACCACUCGUAUCUGUUUCGGAGAAAAUAUUCUAUGAUGAUUUCGAAUUAUUAGCAGCUUCCUUAGUAUGUGUCCUUGAUCAAGACGCUAGUGAUUUUGAUCCGGAAACAUUCUUAAACAACAUUGCCAAUAUAUUAAACAUCAAUGAUAUCACUAUACGUAAGAUACAAAAUGGAUGUGUUAAAGUUAUAUUUGACAUUUACAAAAACGUCGCUGGUAUAAAUAAAAAAAUUGAAGUUAAAGCUCUUUAUAAUUCAAUAACGGAUAAAAUACUUCAAUCGUUAGGUUUAUUAAAAGUUUUGUUCAUGUUUAUGGGUGACAUUGAAACAUAUGAUGAAACAAUUAAAUUUCGUUCUCAGGUCACAUUACAUCCCGAAUGGAAUCGUAUUUAUGGCAUAAAUCAUUCAUAUUGGCCUGGAGUUGCUCCUGAUCAAUUAGAUCGAGGACCUCAUCCAUAUUAUUGUCCACUUGGAUGGCAGAGAUUUUCAUUCUACGUUGCUGACAAAUUUUAUCAAAAAUUUAAAGGAUGGUCUGUAUGUUAUCAUGGAACAAAAUUUGCAUACGGUCUAUCUAUAUUACUUAGUGGUCUGAAACCAGCAAAUAUAGCAGUACAUGGUGGUGGUAUAUACGCUAGUCCAUCAAUUAUCUAUACAGCUCAUCCAAGGUAUUCUGAAAUAAAAAAAAUCGAAUCAAAGGGUGAAAGUACAUUUUUUAAGGAUGGUAAAUAUGUUCAAUUUGUUUUACAAUGCCGUGUACAUCCGGAUAACAUAAUAAAGAUUGCUCAAGAAACGAUUGCGGCUCAUGAUAUAAUCAUUGAUCCCAAUUUCAAUAAUGACGUUAUUGAAUGGCUUAUUGAUGCACAAGGAAAAACUAUGAUGGAUUUUAAUGAUCCAAAUUCUACUAUUGUUUGUACAGGUCUAAUGGUGCGUGUUACAGACAAUCAUCCGGGUUUAUUAUCUGACUCACAAUGGUGGUACAAAUCACAUGUAUGUGAUAAUCCAAAAUGUUGUUCGUUAGGUACAGAUUUAGAAGAACUUCAAGAAGAAAAAGACAACGAGGAGACGUGUAAUAUUAUCUAUACUUGA